GCGUGUCACGCGGUCGUGUUUUGCAUCACACAACUGUUUUACUGCGUUAAUAUCACAGAACAACGAACUAUCCUUAGCCAUCUAAUUUUCCCGUCGUUCCUAUCAGACUUACGAUUUCAUAACUAAAGGGAUAGAACAGAAAUAUCGUCGUCUCACUUCAACUUUGCGUGCCGUCCUUCUUUAACCUAUAGAAUAAUGUUAAAGUAACGACGUAUUCCUCGUAGGCAGUCGCGUAUACUGCAACGUUGUGACGUUACGCACGAUCGGUAAAAUGAUCGGGCGGACAUUACCGAAGAAAGCGUUCCAAAUUCGAAUUUGAAAUUUCCAUUUUUGAAUUCCGUAAAAGAAAGUGAAAAAAUGGCCAAAAAGUCGGAGGAUCCUGAGAUGAAAAGUGAAUCAUCUUCAAAAAAGGGAUCCAUUUCUUCUGGAUCAACAAAUGAGUCCUAUGAGCUGUCUACAGCAGACGUGGUGUUUGUUGACAACAAGAGGACGGUUUCCACCAAGUAUGACCCUCUGUACCCUGAAGUUGAGGAGGUUUUCGGAGUGCCGCACGCGCCCAUGCCGUGUACUCUCGUGUGGCGUGACCUGAUGGUCCAUGUGAAGGUCAAGAGAGGGAAGCUCAAGCGCAUCAUCAAUAAUGUUUCGGGUAUAGCAAAGCCGGGCACACUCGUUGCACUUAUGGGCCCCAGUGGCGCCGGGAAGACCACGCUGAUGUCAGCGCUGUCCCGUAGAAGUCCAGCCGGUACAGUGAUGGACGGCGAGAUCUCCAUGAACGGACGACCGCUAGGUGACUUCAUGCAUCAAGAGAGUGGAUACAUGCACCAGGACGACCUAUUUGUGAACAAUCUUACCGUACUGGAACACCUCACUAUCAUGGCUCGUCUCCGCAUGGACAGGCGCACGUCCACAGUGGCUCGAAAGAGGCGCGUCAACCAACUAAUGAGGCAGCUAGCUCUCUACGACUCCAGAUUUACCAGGAUCGGCGGACUGGACGAAGCCCAAAAGACACUAUCUGGAGGAGAAAGAAAAAGGCUAGCGUUUGCUACUGAACUCCUCACAGAUCCAGGGUUACUGUUCUGCGAUGAACCAACGACAGGAUUGGACUCUUCAUCAGCGCAGAAGCUGGUGUCGUUGCUGCGGGCCAGUGCUGCCCAGGGGAAGACAAUAAUAUGCACCAUACAUCAACCCUCAUCAGAAUUAAUGGCGCAGUUUGACAAGCUAGUGUUACUGGCUGAAGGCAGAGUUGCCUUUGCCGGCGAUGCGUCCGCGGCUUUGAGUUUUUUUGAGAGUCUUGGCUACCAGUGCCCCAUCACGUUCAACCCCACAGACUUCUUCAUCAAGAUGUUGGCGUUAACGCCAGGGUCAGAAGGCGCCUCUCGUCUCGCGAUCAAGAGCAUCUGCGACAGGUUCGCCGUCAGUGAUGCUGCUAAGGAACUGGAUAUGGAAAUCCAGCUUGAAUACCACUUGAUGGGUAAUGAGAUUGAGGAAUUGAGAAGGACAAGGCGAAACGCGUUCAAGGCUCCGUUCUUCUUCACGAAGAUAAUGUGGUUGACAUACAGAUACAUGUUAGUGAUAUUGAGAGAUCCAAGAGUCCAGCUGCUGCGGAUAGUGCAGAAAUUAGCCAUAGCUCUGACAGCCGGCUUGUGUUUCAUCGGCACCGCUCAGUUCACCCAGGCCGGUAUCCAGGACGUCCAGGGAGCGCUGUUCAUCAUUAUAGCAGAGAACACCUUCAUUCCCAUGUACUCCGUGCUAAACAUGUUCCCGGAAGAAUUCCCGCUGUUCAACAGGGAGUUUAAGGCUGGGUUGUACUCCACGCCUAUUUAUUAUAUAGCUAGGAUGAUUGCUAUGUUACCAGGGCUACUUGUGGAACCGACUCUCUUCACAUUGGUGGUGUACUGGAUAGCUGGUCUCCGAAACACCUUCUACGCGACUGGACUAACUGUCUUUCUGUCAAUAUUGGUGCUGAAUGUUGCUCUUGCUUGCGGAUCCUUCUUCUCCUGCGCUUUCGGUUCAAUGCCUGUAGCGAUUGCCUACCUCGUGCCUUUCGACUACGCGCUCAUGAUGACUUCGGGAAUAUUCAUUAAAUUAAGUUCGAUGCCUCGCUCCGUCUCUUGGAUACGUCACAUAUCGUGGUUGAUGUACUCCAACGAAGCCAUGACGAUACUGCAAUGGGAUGGCGUCCAGAAUAUAACAUGUCCAGUAACUAACGAUACGAAAGUGCCAUGCGUCAGUACUGGGGAUGAAGUUCUUGUCCAAUACGACUUCGACGGCGCCAGAUUCUGGUGGGACGUGACUGCCCUGGUCAUCCUCUACGUCAUAUUCCAUCUCCUAGCCCUCCUUGCCUUGAGACAUCGGGCCCGGAGAAAAUAACAAUGCACUGAUUUAUAAUUUGGUAUGGUGUCUAUAAAUUAAGAUGUAUUCUGCUGUGUGUAAAUAAUGUUAAUAAAUGCAUCUUUCAAA